AUGUACUGCGAGUACAUAAUCGAACCAGGUGAUCGGGCGUUCAUUGCUUUUCAGGUGUUGAACCUGAACCUUGAAGAAGAGGAUGAAGGCACGUGCUACGACUACAUUGAGGUGAUCGAAAUGAAAACCAAUAGAUCAAAGGGCAUUUUCUGUGACAGAGAAAUUCCGGAGGUAAUCAGUUCAUCUGGACCGAUGAAAAUUGUGUUCCAUUCGGACGAAGUUUUGGAAUAUCCCGGUUUCCUGGCUCAUUACUGGGUGUCAGUCUUGAAGCAAUGUCUGUCAAACGGUUUGAAAGCUAUGCACGCGUGGUUUAGGUUCACUGACAUUUCUCUCGAAUUUCACUCGUCCUGCAACUACGACUAUGUCGAAAUCUUUGAUGGCGACAGUUUAGCUAACAGAAGUUUCGGCAAGUUGUGCGGGAAAUUUUUUCCUCGAAGAAACUUUCAGAGUAGCGGCAAUGCGAUGCUGAUUCGUUUUGUUACCGAUCAAAGCGUCGUCGAGACGGGCGGAUUCAAGGGAGUCGCCGUAGCGACUAGAGGUAAGGAGUUUUUUGUACAUAACAGUAGUUGCUAUCGUUUACUUAUCUAACA